GGCUUAAUAAACAGCCCCCAAUCCAAAGCCCAAGCAAACCCCUACCCCGUCGCCUUAUCCCCUCUUCCUCUCCUCCCCACACCGCCAUGGCCUUCGUCUCCGCGACCGCCUCCCUCCUCGUCCCUGUCCCGUCCGCCGUCCGCGGAGGCGCCAGCGCGUCCGCCUACCCGCAGCCACGGCGGCCGCUCUUGCCUCCUCUCCGCGCGGCGAAGGGCUCGAACUCAGCGCCGGUGGUGUUGGAGAGCAAGGUCAAGACCAAGAAGAAGAAGGGGUCCGGCGCCGGGAACCUACCCGGAGCCCUCGACGUCGAGAUCAGGGAGGCCCAGGAAUACCUCGACAGCGACGAGCAGGAACCUGUUUCGGACAACUUCCCAUUUGAAAUCCUUGACGAAGAGGGUAUGAGCGUGGUUAUUUUGAAAAGGGACUACAAGGAUGAGAAGAUUGAGGUCAUCGUCAGCAUGCCUAACUUAGAAGGGGGUCCUGAGUUUGAUGACGAAGAUGGUGAGGGCGAUGGUGAGAGUGCUGGUAAGGACGAUGAAGAAGCAGAAGAUGAAGAUGAUGAGGGUGCCGGAGAUAGUAGCGUUUCUCUAAAGGUGGUAGUCUCCAAAGGGUCUGGCCCAAAGCUCGAGUUCACCUGUACAGCCUUUCGUGAGGAGAUCACUAUUGAUGAUAUGCUAAUAGUGGAGAAAACAGACACAAAAGGAGAAGAGAAAUUGCCGUUCGAGGGCCCUGAAUUCACCGAGCUCCCCGUGAUUGUGCAGAAAGGCCUAUUCAAGUUCUUGGAGCAAAGGGGGAUCACGCUAUCGGCUACAAACUACAUGCACGAUUACAUGGUGACGAAGCAGACCAAGGAGUACAUCCGGUGGAUGACGAAGUUGAAGGACUUCGUCAGGCAAUGAGGAAUGGCCAAGCUGACAUGGCAACAUUUUUGGUAGCUUAGCCUUAGAGAAUGUGUUACAAGAAUACUAAGAUUACGCAAAGCUUCUCCCCCUCUCUAAAAAGAAGGGAUCAAUGUAUCUGUAUCAGAUGGCGAAACCGGGGCUCAGAUAGAUUUCCAACUAUGUUUCAAGAAAACUAGAAUUAGUGGUCGCUACGAGCUGUUAUCAUUUCUCUGCUGCUUGUCUGGAUAUAUGUUGUUCCUAAAAAAAUCUGGAUAUAUGUUUUGGAAUUCUGAUGAUUGGGAUGA